AUGGACAAAGUAGCAGGCUGGCAGACAGACAAAGAAGCAGGCAGGCAGACAUACAAAGUAGCAGGCAGACCGACAGAAAAAGUAACUGGCUGGCAGACAGACAAAGUAGCAGGCUGGCAGACAGACAAAAUAGCAGGCUGGCAGAUUGACAAAGUAGCGGGCUGGCAGACAGAAAAAGUAGCAGGUGGGCAGACAGACAAAGAAUCAGGCUGGCAGACAGACAAAGUAGCAGGCUGGCAGGCAGACAAAACAGACAAAGAAGCAGGCAGGCAGACAGACAAAGUAGCAGGCAGACCGACAGAAAAAGUAGCUGGCUGGCAGACAGACAAAGUAGCAGGCUGGCAGACAGACAAAAUAGCAGGCUGGCAGAUUGACAAAGUAGCGGGCUGGCAGAUUGACAAAGUAGCGGGCUGGCAGACAGAAAAAGUAGCAGGCUGGCAGACAGACAAAGUAGCAGGCUGGCAGGCAGACAAAGUAGCAGGCGGGUAG